AUGGCCGCUGCAAUGCCGCACAUGGGUGGAGGUGGUGCAGGAGGAGCUGGCAUGAGAGUCGCGCGUCCCCCCCAGCAGCAGCUGUCGACCAUCAUUUAUCAGCAGCAGAUCCAGAACCGGCCGGCCACCAAUGGAUGGCAGAACCAAGUCUCAGACAACCAGCGGUUGUCACAAACUGGAGCUCUAAUCAGCAGCUCUUUCCUUGCCAUGCCACAGCAUGAUACCCACUCUCUCUUGCAACACGGUCUCAAUUUCGAGCGAGAGGCAUUUCUCAACUCUCCAGACAAGGUAACCUAUGAAGCCAAGCUCAGUGGCAGGAUCCAGGAGUUAUACCGAAAGCGCCAGCAAAACGAGCAGGGUCUACAGAACAGUCUCAACGCCCAAGCCGCGGUCCAAGCUCAGGCCCAAGCACAAGCACAGGCUCAACUGCUCAUGCAGCAGCAGAAUCCAAUGCAAAUGGGACGAGGCCUCGGACAGCCCCAGCAAGGGUUCGCGCAUUUGCAGCAGCAGAUGCAGGCUGCUCAGAUGCCUCAGCAACAACAGCAGCAAACCCAACAGCCUCAGCAACAGGCCGUCAUGGGCAUGAACAAUGCGGCACUAGCAGGCAUGAACCCUAACCAGCAAGCGUUGCAGAUGGGUGGGCCUGGUCAGAUGCGGCCGCCGAACGGAUUCCAAAUGACUCUUGCCAGCAUCCCACCACAGGACCGGUCCAGAGUGCAUCAAAUGGCAGUGGCCAAGCUCAACUCGACCUCCGAAGCACAACGGAAUCAUCUCAGAAUGGUGCUACAACAACGAAUGAGCCCACAACAGAUGGCGCAGCUUCAAGGAGUUGGGAUGGAUCCUCUACUAUACUUCUUCCAGACACAAAUCAUACAGAGCAUGCGGGCAGCUGCGGGCGGGAAUGCAGGCGCCAACGCGACGCCUAUGACGAUGCAAACAUCUCAGCCCGGAGCUCAGCCACAACAGCUCCAACAAUUACAGCAACAGCAACAGGCUCAGCAGCAGUUGCAGCAGCAACAAGCACAGAGACAGAUGGGCCAGCAGCAGCAGCAGAUCCCCGGUCCAAAUGGAGAAUUCGGACCAUUCACAACGGAAAGCAUAAUGAGCCAGCAAAAGGCGGGACUCAUCGCGCAAGAAAAUGGACAGAUGGUGGUUCCCGGGAAUCCGCAGAAAACACCACAGCCCAUGGGCAGCAAUAUGGGGGGACCCAACGCAGCGAGCAACCAGGGCGCUCGACCUCAACAAAUGCAACAGCAGCAGCAGCAGCAACAACAGCAACAGCAACAGUUUAUGAACCAGGCUCAGCUAAAGAUGGACCAAGCCGCUGCGCAAUCACAAGCACAAAUCAGGGCCCAAGCCCAAAAGCAAAUGCAGGGUCAAGCUGGAGUGCCAAACAACCAGACAGUCGUCUCACAAGGUCAGGGGAUGAACACUCUCAACGCCCCGGUCCGUCAAGGGCAAACGCCCCUUGGUCAGAACAAUGCUGCUUCUGGGCUUGGGUUUAAUCCGCAGUUCGGCAACCAGCAGCAGCAGCAACCUAUGAACCAGAUGAACCGCCAACAGAUUCUAGCUCAGUUCAUGUCAACACUGCCACCAGAAAAGCGCCAACAGCUCCAAACUAUGCCUCCUGAAAAGCUCAACGAGAUCCUUGUGCAAUACGUCCGCAGCAUGCAGGCUCGGAAUCAUGCCGCCGCUGCGGCUGCAGUCGCUGCACAGUCGGGGCAACCAGCGCCGCCCAACCCCAUCACUGCCUUCCCUCAGGCUGGCAACAAUGUUGCACCUCCCAACGUCACCAACGCCAUGAACGCCCAGAACCAGGCUCUUCUCCUGCAGCGCUUGAGGAAUAGCGCGGGCCAAGCCGGCCGGACCCCGCCGCAGGCCAUGACGGUGAUGGACAGCAUGGAUGUUCCAGUCAAGAUAAUGGAACAGAUUCGGAGCACCAUGGCAUCGGCAUUGCCCACCGAGAUCAAGAAGUGGGCCCAGCUCAAGCAGUGGCUGACGCAAAACAAUGCAUCUCAGACGGUAAUCCAGCAGCUUGGCAACUACCAGACGGCUCAAUUCCAAGCCGUAAUGAAGCAGCAGCAGCACCGAGCUCAGAUUAGUGCUUUGCAACAAAACAACAUGCCAGCUCAACCUGCUGCUGUCGGUCCUGGAGCCCCAGGUCUGGUGCAGCAACCUCCGAUGAAUCCCGGCAUGCCUGGGACUACAGGUCCUCAGCCCGUCAUCACCCCCCAGGAGAUGCAAAAUGCCAAGAAUCACGAACGUUUCAAAGGUUGGCCGGAAGAGCGCAUCAGACAGAUGCUCAUACAUAUGAAGAUGCGCGGCAAAGCCCAACCAGGCCAGAACCAGGCAGCUGUGCCUGGAGCUCAACAGGCUCUGAUGCCCGGGCAAAACCAAGUGCCUCCGGUCAGCAAUGUCGGGCCUCAGGCGCAGCCUCCUGCAUCGACUGCCAACGCACCGAUGCCUGCGGGUCCCCCCAAGAAUAACAAGCAGGCUGCGAAUAGUCGUCCCCAGCCAAACGUUUCGCCCGCACCACCGCAGAAGAACCCACUGAAGCGGCCAAGCACUGACGACAUGACUGAUGCCAGCUCUGCGACAAGUUCAGUGGUCCAGCGACCAGCAAGUCAACAGCAGCAACCCGCAAGCGCUUCUAAUCUUCCUCUAGGAGGGCUUCCCAACCUCACACCUCAGCAACUCGCUGCGAUGGGCCCGGAAAGCAGAGCCAAGUACGAAGCAAUGCUGCGAAGUCGUCAGCAGCAGAAUCCGGCUUCUAACGCAGCCCAGAAUCAGGCGCCGACGCAGACACAAGAGGAUGCGGCGCAUCUUCGUGCCAUGGGCUUUGAGGAAUAUCAGCUCUUCUCCAAUGUACAACUGCAGGAUAUUCCUAUGACCCCACAAGAACACCAAGAGUUGGGCGCCAAGCUUCAGCACAUCACUGUUGAAAUGGGCCGACUGGGUAAGGCUCUGAUCCGCUGGUACAGUCUUACCCGCGAUGAUGCACGUGCUAGGAUGUUCUUCAAGCAGCGGAACCGACUACUGCGGCAAUUUACUGAUGACAAGAUGACGACCUUGAGAGACACAUUUUCCAUCAAGUCUGAGGAUGUGGACAGUAUUCGAGGCAUGCUGGAAAGCAUGGCGAAGGACUUGGCUGCUUCAUAUCCUCAAGCGCUGAAGAAGAAUGCCAGCCAACAGAAUUUGCCGGACACGACAUCGCAGCAAGCUGCCCAAGCUUCCGUGACUGCGCCAAAUAACGACAAGCCAGCACAGCAGGCAGCUUCUGGACCUCCGAAAGCGCAUGGGCGAACAGCAAGCAAGAGUGGUCAGCCUCCACCACCACCGACAACAGCGCAGCCACCGUUUCCUAUCGGUGCGCAGUCUCCGGCUGGUCAACCGACGUAUAUCGGGAAGCCGACUGUGACUCAGGACAACCUUCAGCUGCCAGCAAAGAAGAGGGCGAAGAUGACGGCAAGUGGAGCCAACUCUGCCACACAAAGUAACAGCUCGUCACCUCAGGUGUCGAAGCAGACCUCGGCGGAAAUGGUCAAGAAGGCAACGCCUGCGGAAGUCAAGGCGCCGGCGAAGCCGCACUUUUCCUGCCCUCACAAGGGAUGCGAGUCAAACAUCGUGGGAUUUGCGUCUGAGGAAGCUCGACGACAGCAUGUAGACGAGGAGCACACCAAGCCAUAUCAGGAUCCCUUCAAAUUCGCAGCGGAUAAUCUUGCUACGGUGCUUGGUAUUGAUGCCGAUGGACAGCCCAAGGGCGCCGGGGUGGAUGGCGCCAAACAGGCCCAAACCCCUGCAGGAACUCCUGCCUCGCAAUCCUCAACGAUGAUGAGACAGGGAAGUACGGCAGGGCCGAAAUCUGGCGACUUGAUGAAGAACAUUGCUGCUCGAAACGGAUCGUCCAAGACAAACCAAGGGACGAAUGGUAUUGUCGACACAACACAGAUGGACACACAGGCAAUGGAUCAGUCCUGGUCAGCAGCGACGAUCGACCCGCAAGAUCUCUUCUCGACCCUGGGACUCCUCGAGAGUGGUGGCGGUGGCGCCAUUUCCAACAUGAGCGUGUAUCGGUCCAUUACGCCUAAUGACACGCCCGACUCGAGCACAAGCAAGGAGAGCACCGCGUCGGAUCCAAGCAGUGAUGUUUCAGAAGGUGUCGCGCUCAAUGUCACGCUGGACAUGGGCUUUGACACGUGGACGCCCUUUGGUGGCGAUCAGUACAUGAACCUCGACGCAACCGAUGUCGACACUAUGAUGCAGAUGAGCAACGGACAAGGAUUUGGAAACGACGAGUUUGCGGAGUUCACGAAUUGGGAUGAUGUUUCGUUGGAUGCUGGCAAGCCCUUUACGCUUGACGCGUCUUUGUAUUCACUUGACACGACGUGA